AUGGCACCAAAUCUAAGCGACCUCCCAAAAGACUAUUAUGUCAAAGCAAUGCAAUUCACCAAACGUACGCAUCAAGAUGUGUAUCCAGCGAUUGAUCCAAGCCUCCCAGAGCACAGCUUAGCAGGCAAAGUCGUUAUCAUCACUGGGGCCUCACGCGGUAUUGGAGCUACAGCAAUGGUACCAGCAUUCAUCAAAGCCAAAGUCAAAGGCAUGGUCCUCCUUGCCUCCAACGCCACCAAACUCUCCACCGUCGAAGCCUCUGUCAAAGAAGCAAACCCAGCAAUCGAAACACUAACCUGCGCCGUCAAUAUCUCAGACUCGCAAGCUGUCGCAACAGCUUUCGAAAAUAUCAAACAGCGCUUCGGCCACGCAGACAUCCUCAUCAACGCCGCCGGCGUCCUAACCGGCGACGGACCCAAACUCCACGAGACAAACGUCGACGAAUGGUGGAAGAACUUUGAAGUAAAUGCAAAAGGCACCUACCUCCUAACCCGCUCCUUCCUCUCCCUCCUACCCCCCUCGUCCCCCUCUUCCCACUUCACAAUCCUCUCCCUCACCUCGUGGCAAUCCUUCUUCACCGUGCCCCUUCUCAGCGGCUACUUCACCAGUAAAUUCGCCGUCGACGCCCUCGCCGGCUACGUGGCCGCCGAGUAUCCCAACGUCACGGCUAUAAGCAUGCAUCCGGGGCUUGUGGCGACGGAUAUGCUGCGCGAGCCGUUUCGCUCCUUGUUCACGAAUGAUAGUGCCGAGUUGGUGGGCGGGAUGGCGGUGUGGGCGUGUCAGGCGAAGGCGAGGUGGUUGAGUGGGAGGGUGGUUAGUGUGAAUUGGGAUGUCGAGGAUUUGAUGGGGCGCAAGGAGGAGAUUUUGGAGAGGGAUUUGCUUAGGUUGGGGUUGAAGGGCGAGUUUGGGGUGUGA